UUUUCUGCUGAAUGCCACAUAAAUUGUGGCAUUCAGCAUGUAAAUCACAAAUCGAUUACUAAUCGAUUAGUUAGCGAUUGCGUCUGCUGAAUGCACCCAUUGAUUUAACUUCUGGCCAAAUAUCCAAGUAGGUGGAGGCCAAUAAACUACAGAAGAAGAAGAAGAUUUAAUUUUGACAGCAUUUUGUAAUGCCCUAUUUUGGCUUCCUUGGCAUCAUCUCUUUCUUUUAUGAUAUUUUUAUUGUUUUGUUUACAAACAAGGUAAACUAAUAGUUAGUAUUUGCUAAAUAUUAUACAAGGUAUAAUAAUAUAAAAAUCAUGUUUAAUCAAAGUGCAGUAAAACAGGAAAUUGCUGAGACGACUUGCAAAAGAGAAAUAGAUAAUGAAGUAGAUGAAGUUCUAGAGGAUACCUGUAAAAUUGAAGUUAAGGAGGAGGGUAUCAGGGAAAGUGCAAAUGAUGCAUUUGAUUAUUUAGACGUUAAGAAAUAUCCUAUAAAAGCUGAAAUCAAACAAGAUGAUGGUUUCUCUUGUAAAGAUAUGAAAACUGAUGCCAGUAGCCUCUUAACAAAUGAUGACAGAAGUGACAGUAAUUUGAACCCAUGUAUAACUUCCCCUACCAAUGCUAACGCUGGAGGACAACGUUUUAUAUGUAUCAUUUGCAAGAAACCAUGGUCAAGCAGUUCUCGUUUAGAAUUACAUAUGAGGAUACACACUGAGGAAAAACCAUUUGCAUGUGAAAUUUGCACCAAACAGUUUUCAACAAAGGGUAAUUUAAAAUCGCAUAUAAUACUGCAUACUGGUGAAAAACCAUUUGAAUGUAAAAUUUGUACCAAACAGUUUGCAACAAAACCACUUUUAAAAUCGCAUACGAGAAUGCAUACUGGAGAAAAACCAUUUGCAUGUGAAAUUUGCACCAAACAGUUUUCAACAAAGGGUAAUUUAAAAUCACAUAUAAUACUGCAUACUGGUGAAAAACCAUUUGAAUGUAAAAUUUGUACCAAACAGUUUGCAACAAAACCACUUUUAAUUUCGCAUACGAGAAUGCAUACUGGAGAAAAACCAUUUGAAUGUGGAAUUUGCAACAAACAGUUUCCAACAAAUUCGCAUGUAACCAUACAUAUGAAAGUGCAUACUGGUGAAAAACCAUUUGAAUGUAAAAUUUGCACCAAACGGUUUUCAAUAAAGGGUAAUUUUAAAACACAUAUGACAGUGCAUACUGGUGAAAAACCAUUUGAAUGUAGAAUUUGCACCAAACAGUUUUCAUCGAAACAAAAUUUAAUAUCGCAUAUGAGAGUGCAUACUGGUGAAAAUCCAUUUGGAUGUGAAAUUUGCAGAAAACAGUUUUUAACAAAGACAAGUUUAACAAUACAUAUGAAGUUGCAUACCGGUGAAAAACCAUUUGAAUGUGGAAUUUGCACCAAACAGUUUUCAACAAAGAGUAAUUUAAAAUCACAUAUAAUAGUGCAUACUGGUGAAAAACCAUUUGAAUGUAAAAUUUGCACCAAGCAGUUUUCAACGAAACAAAUGUUACAAUCGCAUAUGAGAGUGCAUUCUGGUGAAAAACCAUUUAAAUGUAAAAUUUGCACCAAACAGUUUUCAACAAAGGGUAAUUUAAAAUCACAUAUAAUAGUGCAUACUGGUGAAAAACCAUUUGAAUGUAAAAUUUGCACCAAGCAGUUUUCAACGAAACAAAUGUUACAAUCGCAUAUGAGAGUGCAUUCUGGUGAAAAAACAUUUAAAUGUAAAAUUUGCACCAAACAGUUUUCAACAAAGGGUUAUUUAAAAACACAUAUAACAGUGCAUACUGGUGAAAAACCAUUUGAAUGUAGAAUUUGCACCAAACAGUUUUCAACGAAACAAAAUUUAAUAUCGCAUAUGAGAGUGCAUACUGGUGAAAAUCCAUUUGGAUGUGAAAUUUGCAGAAAACAGUUUUUAACAAAGACAAGUUUAACAACACAUAUGAAGUUGCAUACCGGUAAAAAACCAUUUGAAUGUGGAAUUUGCACCAAACAGUUUUCAACAAAGGGUAAUUUAAAAUCACAUAUAAUAGUGCAUACUGGUGAAAAACCAUUUGAAUGUAAAAUUUGUACCAAACAGUUUGCAACAAAACCACUUUUAAAAUCGCAUACGAGAAUGCAUACUGGAGAAAAAUCAUUUGAAUGUGGAAUUUGCAACAAACAGUUUCCAACAAAUACGCAUGUAACCAUACAUAUGAAUGUGCAUACUGGUGAAAAACCAUUUGAAUGUUAAAUUUGCACCAAACGGUUUUCAAUAAAGCGUAAUUUAAAAACACAUAUGACAGUGCAUACUGGUGAAAACCCAUUUGAAUGUAGAAUUUGCACCAAACAGUUUUCAACGAAACAAAAUUUAAUAUCGCAUAUGAGAACUGGUGAAAAUCCAUUUGGAUGUGAAAUUUGAAGAAAACAGUUUUUAACAAAGAGUGGAUUAAAAGCACAUCUGAUAGUGCAUAUCGGUGAAAAACCAUUUGAAUGUGGAAUAUGCAGCAGACAAUUUUCAAUAAAGGAUUGUUUAAAAAAAACAUAUUAUGACAGUGCAUAGUGAUAAAAAACCAUUUCAAUGUGAAAUUUGCACCAAACAGUUUUCAUCAAAGAGUUAUUUAACAUUACAUAUAAAAUUGCACACCGAUGAAAAAGCAUUUGAAUGUGACAUUUGCACCAAACAGUUUUCAUCAAAGAGUACUUUAACAUUACAUAUGAAAUUGCAUACUGAUGAAAAUGCAUUUGAAUGUGAAAUUUGCAACAAACAGUUUUCAAUUAUAUUUAAAGGCUCUAUGACACUAUACAUUUUCUUGUAUCAUUUCUAAUAUCGUUUCUGAUAUGUCAAAAAAAUGCAUAGUGUCAUACACAGAUACAAGAAACGAUACAAGAAUUUGAGUCAGACACAGAUUCUUGUACAAGAACUGCGCCAAUUUCUGCGCAAAGAGCAAAAACGUAAAACCUGCUGGUAAAACAUCUAAAAUGUCAUUAUUACUUACUCAUAAUGGCGGCUGAAAUGAAAAUGGGAUCAUGUAUUGAUGAAUUUAUUUGUGUUUUUGUAGGUAUUAUUUAUAAAUCAUUUAUUGAUACUUAAUAUACCGUUUGGUAUGGACUACUGUUCUACUAAUAACCAUAUAUUUAGCUCCUGGUAAAGUUCAAACUAUAAAUUUAGGUUUCAUGGUGCAUAAUUUUUUAAUAGACAAUACAGUAGAAUACAAUAGUUCCUAAUUUGGAUCAAACUGAAGAUAAUUCUAAUGCAAAUAUUUUAGCACAAAUAUCAAAACAAAAUAAAAACACAAAUAAUCAACCUUAAACAGUCAACGUAAAAUUCUGGUUAACAUUAAAAUGUUAAUUAAAAGUUUACAAAAUCUUUAAAAUCAGCUGUAGCUGUAGAUGCAGUACUACCAUAACGUGACACAGGGUGACAAACAAAAUUUCGACCAAUCACGUGCCGAAUUUCAUACAAUUUUCGAUACAAGAACUUGCAUAGUGUCAUACAUGGCACAAAUGUGGACGUACAAGAAAUGAUACAAGAGAAUGUAUACAAGAAACGAUAUCAGAAACGAUAUUAGAAAUGAUACAAGAAAAUGCAUAGUGUCAUACAGCCUUAAAAUCGCACAUGAGAGUGCAUACUGGUGAAAAACCAUUUGGGUGUGAAAUUUGCACCAAACAGUUUUCAACGAAAACAUUUUUAAUAAAGCAUAUGAGAGUGCAUACUGGUGAAAAACCGUUUAAAUGUGAAAUUUGCACCAAACAGUUUUCACAGAAAUCAUCUUUAAAAUCGGAUAUAAGAGUGCAUACUGGUGAAAAACCAUUUAAAUGUGAAAUUUGCGCCAACAAAUUUUCAUCAAAGAGUAAUUUAAAAGCACAUAUGACAGUGCAUUCUGGUGAAAAAGCAUUUAAUUGUGAAAUUUGCAACAAACAAUUUUCAUUAAAGAGUAAUUUAAAAAAACAUAUGUUAGUGCAUUCUGGUGAAAAACCAUUUAAAUGUGAAAUCUGCAACAGUUUUCAACGAAACAAGUUUUAAAAGCACAUAUGAGAGUGCAUACUGGUAAAAAACCAUUUAAAUGUGAAAUUUGCACCAAACAAUUUUUAAGAAAGCGUGAUUUAAAAUUACACAUGAGAGUGCAUGCUGGUUAAAAGUAAACAGUAGCGAUCAACAGGUAGCAACAAAAUAUAACUUCGGGAGAUAGUAUCAUAAACUUUGGCAACAGUGGUAAUCUUCGACGUUAUCUAAGAUUAAUAUUUUGACAAUAUCAUAGUCGCGCUAAAUGGAAGUGAUAGAAAACGAUUUUAUUAUUAGUAAAUAGAUGUUUAUAAAAAUAAACCAAAAUGGGUGAAAAUUUUAUUUUAAGACAGGUAUUUGCAUGAAAUAUCUAAUAAUAAAACAAUAAUAAAAUCAUUUUUCGUUGUGAAGCGAAACAAAUUUCAAUUUUCGCAUAAUUCUAGCGCGGUUUUUAAUGUACUUUUUCUUGGAAGGUUUCGCUUUAUUUUUCGUUUGAUUUAUUUUUCCCAUUUUCUUAAACUAUUGAUAAUAUUUUUAGAAUAAAAAAUCCUAAAACUUUAUAUACUCACAUUAGAAUUCGAAAUAUUUUUACGUAGAAUAUACUUACUUACCUACAUAUAACUAAAACUCACAAUUAACAACAAUCUAUUCUUUCAAAGAGGUGUACAACAACAACAAAAAUAUAAUAAAUUAACUAUCAAUAAACACUACUUUCCUAUGAAACAACAAUAACGAAUUCUUAAAUUAACACACUACUGCACUGAACAGAUAUCGAUAAAGAUGACAGAACUGAUUAGAGAAAAUCUGACGCAGGUUUGUCAAAAUGACAGACAAUUUCUCUAUGUUGCCUAAUUAGUUAUUAGUUAUAAUAUGUUCUAUUUCUUGUUACAAAAUAAAAAAUUUUAGUAGUUCCAAGAUUACACAAAAUGUAGGCAUGGGAUAAAAAAGUUCAUUUAAAGAAAGUUUAUUUUUUUGUUCUUCUUAAUGGCGGUAAAGCCCAUUUUUUAAUAUUCUUUUUAAUUACAGAGCAAUUUCCACAUAUUAAUAUAUUUCUCAAUUUGGGCUCUGUACCGCCAUUCUUUAUUAUAGUACGAAUAUGUGUGCCAAAUAUAUCGAAAAAAUAUUCAAAAUUACAGCCGCAAUCUUGGAACGCGUUUGUUGCUACCUGUUGAUCGCUACUGUGGCCUCUUAAAAAUCAUUUAAAUGUGAAAUUUGCACCAAACAGUUCUCACUAAAAGGAAAUUUAACAAUACAUAUGAACGUACAUACUGGCGAAGAACGAUUUAAAUGUGCAUGAAAAAGUUUUGAACUACGACUCAAAACGACAUGUGACAGUGCAUACUGAUAGAAAACCAUUUAUGGAUAAUCCCAAACCCUUUUUACAGUGUGUCACAGAUUAUCGAAUUCUCUCUAACGCAUUACGCUAAUUACACACAUACACAUUGAUUUCUAACGUUUAAUUGUCCAAUCAGCUGGAAGACACCCAACCUUUUCUCACCUGCAACUCCAAAGGCAGCUUUUGGAAGCUACAGGUGUAACUGUUUCAGUUGGAACGAUAAGAAGAAGAGUUCGUACCAUGAAGUAUACAGCAGCAGGCAGUUAUGGGUUCCCUAGUUAUCCAGGCAGCACAAGAUUGAUCGCCUAAAUUGGUGUCUUCACCACCAAAACUGGAACAUUGGGAAUUGACAAAAUGUGCUAUUUUCAGAAAAAGUCAGGAUUUGUGUAAAAUCAGGUGAUCCACGAAAUCGUAUACUUAGAGGUCGAAGAAGACAAGCAAGAACGAAAACUGUCAGAUCUGUUCACAAAUAUACAAGAGGAAGUGUAAUGUUCUGGAGAGGAAAUGUGAUCCAUAAAAAACUCCUUUAAUUUUCAUUCAAUCGACUUUAACUGCUCACAAGUAUGUUGAUAACCUGUAGUCAGGCUUUGGAGAGGUGCAACAGGGGAAAAUUUAAUUUUAUUGCAUGAUAAUGGACCUCCACAUACCAUUAGAGUGACAGCAGACAUCAUUGAAACAGAAGGUAUCCCUUGUUUGGAGUGGCCUGCUUACUCACCCGAGCUUAAUCCUAUAGAUUAUUUGUGGGAUAUGUUUAAAAGAAAAUUUAGAACUCGCCAGGAUAAUCCACAAAACACCGCACGACUAGUACAAGCUGCUCUUAAAGGAUGGAACAACCUACCACAACAAAAUGUUGAUAAUUUGAUUAUGAGCGUGCCCACGCACACUGGAGUUUGCAUAAGGACUAGAGGUGAUAACACUGACUACCACAAAAUACAAAAAAAGAUAAAUAAAAACAAUUUAAACAUUAUUCGUUUUAUAUUGAAAUUUUGUAUGCUGUUGACUUUAAAACAACUACUUACAAUUUGUUUGUUAAAUACUUUAUUGUUUUAUUAAAUUGUUAUGUAUUUGUUAUUAAAUUGCUUCAAAAUAAAUUUUGUUUGACUUCGUG